UACUGACAUUGGAGGUUACUGGUUUGGAAAGGGUUAAGUGGAGACCCCGCCUCCCAGGCAGGAACGAAUCAGGGCUGGCAGGGGAGGAGCCAGGCUGGAAAAGAGAUCCAGUCCGGCCAGAUGCUGCCCGGAGAGGGAACGGGAGAAGACGCCAGUUGGGCAGGCGGCUGCGGGACUGGGCGUGGGGCAGGGUCCUCGGUGUGUGCCCGGUGAUAGCUCCAAGUCAGAGAGUGCAGGACCAGCUGCUAGGGGUGGGGGAGGAGGGGACCGAGCUGCCUGCGUAGGGGACAGCCGAGGAGUGGGAGAGGACUAGGACCCAGAGAACUCCCAGCCCCCCAGGCAGGGGGCACCGGCUGCACCCAGGCCUUGACCUCAGCCGACCCUGAUAGCCCACAUGGGGUGUGGGGUCUAAUUUUAGCUCCAGCCGUAGGGCCCACAGCCCAGGAGUGCCAGCCAGUGGGCUACUCAGGAACCGCUCAGGCAAGGGGAGGAUUGGGGAGGUCAGUCCCCCUUCUGUCCAGCCCUGCACCCUGGCCAAGCCACCUCCUGCGAGAGCCCUGACGGGUUCCCCAUGGCCUGGCAGACUGCCCGCCUCUCUGCUGAGGCCAAGGUCAGGGGGUGCAGCCAGGAGGGCAGAAGGACGUGGCCUUGCAGUGUGGUCAGGGGAUUGCAUCAGCCUGAGCAGUGCCCAGGGGCAGGGGGCCCUGCUGCAGGGGCAAAGCCCAGCUUGGUUGUCCAAAGGCCAAGGAAGCAGAUUCCUGACUGCAAGAAGACAAGGCCACAAAGUCGGGUCCUACCUGGCUUCCUGGCGCCUGGCUGGUGACUUGCGGUUUGACCUUACACAGGCCGCCGGUUCUCAAUGGGCCUCAGUCUUCCCAUCUGUGCAAUGAAGGCGCUGAACUAGAAGGCAGAGCCCAGCUCCAGCGACUCACCCUCCAGCCCCUGCUCCUCCUGCUUCCCCCAGCCCUGGCCACAGGUGGCCACAUGCAGUCGUGGAGAAGAAAGUCCCUCUGGCUGGCACUGUCGGCCUCUUGGCUCCUCGUCCUUCUGAGAGUCUUCCCCCUCCUCCGCCUGGCAGUGCCUGCCAGACCCCGGGCGGGUGCCCCCCAAGGCUGGCCCCGCUGGCUGGACUUAGAGCUCCUGCAGAGUUUCUCCCAGCCUGGGGAGCUCCCAGAAGAUGACCCUCAACCUCCUCCAGCCCCCCGUGGUGGCAGCUGUGACUGGGGAGCUUGCUUUGAUAUCUCCAAGUGCAGGGGUGGUGGUCUCAAGGUGUUCGCGUACCCAGUGGCUGGACCGAUCUCUGACACUCAGCGCGGGAUCCUGGCUUCCAUUGAGAGCUCCCGCUUUGGCUCCGUUAGCCCCGACGAGGCCUGCCUCCUCCUCCUCCUCAGCCUGGAAGCCCCAGCUGGGGAGUGCAGCCCCUUGCCCCAGCAGUGGAACAGUGGAAGGAACCAUCUGGUCCUCGGUCUCCACCCAAACUUCUGCCCCCAGACCUUCCAACUGGGACAGGCGAUGGUGGCCAAGGCCAGCCCCACAGUGGACACCUUCCGGCCUGGUUUUGACGUGGCCCUCCCGCUUCUCCCCGAAGCCCACCCAUGGCGAGGUGGGGCCCCUGGCAAGCUGGGACAGCACAGCCCCCACCCUGGGGUGCCCCUGCUAGCCCUGGCAGAGGAGAGGGGCGGGUGGCGCACAGCAGGCACUGAGUCCUCUGCCUGCCCCCGGGAUGGGCACUGUGAGCAGGACCACGGACCUGAGCAGACCCACCCUGGGGCAACGCUCCCCAAUGCUACCUUCUGCCUCAUCCCUGCCCGCCAUCCUGAUGCCUUGCACUUCCUUCAAGCCCUGCAGGCUGGCUGUAUCCCUGUGCUUCUCAGCCCUCGGUGGGAGUUGCCCUUCUCCGAAGUCAUCGAUUGGACCAAGGCGGCCAUCGUGGCUGAUGAGAGGCUCCCAUUUCAGGUCCUCGCUGCCCUCCGGGAGAUGCCCACCACCCGGGUCCUUGCCCUGCGUCAGCAGACCCAGUUUCUGUGGGAUGCCUACUUCUCCUCAGUGGAGAAGGUCAUCCAUACCACUCUGGAGAUUAUUCAGGACCGGAUCUUUGGAGCACCUGCUCACUCCUCGCUCGUGUGGAACAGCCCUCCAGGCGCCCUCCUGGCCCUGCCCACUUUUUCUACAAGCCCCUCGGACUUCCCCUUCUACCACCUACAGCGGGGCUCUCGGCCUGCCGGCAGGUUCAGUGCUCUGAUUUGGGUGGGGGCCCCAGGUCAGCCCCCACUGAAGCUCAUUCAGGCGGUGGCAGGUUCCCAGCAUUGUGCCCAGAUCCUGGUUCUCUGGAGCAGUGAGAAGCCACCCCCUUCCAGAUGGCCCAAGACAGCAGUGCCCUUGACAGUGCUGGCCGGGCAGAGGAAGGCCAGUGACCGCUUCUUCCCGCACCGAGCCCUCAGCACGGAUGCCAUCCUCAGCCUCGAUGCACAGAGCAGUCUUACCACAAGCGAGGUGGACUUCGCUUUUGUGGUGUGGCAGAGCUUCCCGGAGCGGAUGGUGGGCUUCCUGACAUGGAGCCACUUCUGGGAUGAGGCCCGGGGUGACUGGGGCCACACUGCCGAGAAGGCCAACGAAUUCUCCAUGGUUCUCACAUCAGCUGCCUUCUACCACAGAUACUACCACACCCUCUUCACCCACUACCUGCCCAAGGCUCUGAGAACCCUGGCAGAUGAAGCACCCAGCUGUGUGGACGUCCUGAUGAACUCCCUGGUAGCAGCAGUCACCAAGCUGCCCCCUAUCAAGGUGCCCUAUGGAAAGCAGCGUCUGGAGGCCAGCCCUCCCCUGGCACCUGGGGGCCCAGACCCGCAGCCGCCGGCCCAGGACUGCAUCAAUCAGAUGGCGGCCGAGUUUGGCUACAUGCCUCUGGUCUCCUCUCACCUCCGUCUGGACCCAGUACUGUUCAAGGACCCGGUCUCCGUGCUGCGCAAGAAGUACCGCAGCCUGGAGAAGCCCUAGCUUGGACCAGCAGAGCCCCCAGUCCUGCUCCUGGGGGGCGCUGCUCCUGCAGAGGGGUUGGGAGGGGCUCAGCCCCCUCCCUUCGGACAUCUGGAGAGCCAAUCAAGGCUGCCAGUUAGCCAACACGUCAGGUCCCUAUUAGCCAAUCAUCCCAAUGCCCGGAGCUGUGGGGCAUCGCCCCACCCUCCAGUCCCGCCGCUCGUGGCAGGUCACGGGUGCAGGGCCCUUGCUCUGGGACUGUGCCCUCAGCCGUUGUGACCUUAUGCCUGGAAUGCCUUUCCCAGCUUCUCUGCGGGAGCUGACUUCCACUUGUCUUUCAGAUCUCCGCCUCCUCCACCGACUUGCCUGACCCCCAUCCCCGACCCAGAUCCUCUGCUCUUUUACAGCCGAGUGUUCCCCACUGUUCAUGCUGCUUUGCAAAGUACACAGUCAGGCCCCAGGACCAGCCUGGAAGCCCCGGGAGGGCAGGGCCAUGUCCUCUUCUCUCUGGCCUGGCAAGUGUUUCACAAGUAUUUGACGAACAGAUAAAAAACCUCAACUGUGUGCCUGGCCCUGUGCCGUAGUCGAGAGUGCGGAUAGUGUGCCAAGUGAGACAAAACUCCGUCCUCCCCCACCUUCGGGGUUCUCAGUCCGGCAGUAAGGCAGCCACCCGCAGAUGCCUGGGUUGCCAGGCGCGAUGUUCGCACAAAGAGGCGCCGAGAAGCCAGUUUCCGGGCUUCCUUCCCGAAUCUGGCAGAGCAGGGGCCGGAGGGGAAGAAAGAUGGGAACGCCAGGGGUCCUGCCAGCCCAGCCCAGGGCUCUGCAUUACCGAACAUGACCACUAGAGGUCAGCGCCGCCCCGCGCUCUCUCUUCCGGGAAUGGCAAUGGAGUUUUUAGCGCCCCUCGGGUCAAGGGGUGACCUGGCAAGGGGCUGUGGAGUGUUGAUGGGGUGCAGCCCGAGGUCCGAAAACUGGGGGAAGAAAUUCGAAAGAACAGUCCCACUCCUUUGGCCCACAUACUCUGGACUAAAAAGCCAUUUCUAGGUAGGCUGGAUGGGAGAUGGGUGGUCUAGAGCAC